CUUCCGUAGCCAUUUGGGCUCGAGCUCUGUGUGGACCUCUGCGUCCCGAGCCCUGCGGUACCUCGGCGCCCGCUCCUCAUGGCACGGCCGCGUGCCCGAGACGAUGGGGCCCUGGCGAUCCUCGCGUCCAGCUGCCAGCGGGCCCUGGAUCUCUUCGCCACGCACCAGGCGCGGCACGUCCCCACCAUCCGUGAUGGCCUGAUGUUCGCCAAAGGGCCGCCCCCCGUCGCCUAGACAAGCGGGUCGUCAAGCAGCUGGAGGACCUCAACCACGCGUUCAAGGUGGUGCGCCACCUCACCAGGUUCCACGCCGACACCGUCCUGGACGGUCUGGAGCGGGAGCUGCGGAGGCUUCCGGGCCCCUUGGAUGCCGUGCCUCAUGGAGCCGAUCAGGGUGCUGUCGUUCUUCAUGGAGAUGCUGGUCAUGGUGCUGACGGCCUUGGAGGGGGCAGCCUGUCUCGCGAUGCUGAGACACAGACGGCCUUGAAGUUACAUCACUUUGAGUUGGCUGAUGGGGUGGCCAUGGACGGUACCGACGCUCACGAGUACGAGGAGGACUUCUUCCCAGGCGCCGCAGUGGGUGGACUUUCAGCUGAUCCUCCGGCGGAUCCUCAUGAUGGAGGUGCACGGGGUGCAGGUGAUCUUCCUGGCGAUCUGCAUGGCGAUGGCGAUGCCGAUCUUCCCGCAGGUUGUCCCGAUGGUGAUCUUGAGGGUGCUGGAGGGCUUCCUUUAUUUCUUCACGAUGGGGAGCGUCAUGGUGCUGACGGGCUUCCUGGCGUGCCUCCUGCCGAUCUUCCUGAUGGAGGUCUUCAUGGUGCUGGUGGUAUUCCUGCCGAUCUUCUUGAAGAUGCCGAUUCCCCUGCUGGUCCUCGUGGUGCUAGUGAUGCUCAUGAUGAUCUUCACGCAGGUUGUCACGGUGGUGAUCUUCAGGGUGCUGGAGGGCUUCGUGCCGAGCUACCUGCAGAUCUUCACUGUGGAGGUCUCAAGGAUCCUGGUGGGUUUCCCGCCGAUCUUCCUGUUGAUGCUGUUUUUCCUGCUGGGCUCCGUGGAGCUGGUAAUUGUCCGCCUGCCGAUCGCCCUGCAGGUCUUCACAAUGGGGUUCUUCAUGGUGCUGGGGGUCUUCCUGCCGAGCUCCCUGCAGAUCUCCACGGUGGUGAUCUUCAUGGUGCUGUUGGGCUCCCUGCCGUUCGUCCUGCUGCUGCCGGUCUUCCUGGGGGACUCCGAGGUCUCCAUGGUGCUGGUGGGCUUCCCGCCGAUCUUCCUGCCGGUGCCGAUCUUCCUGCUGGUCCCCGAGGUGAUGACGAUCCUCUGCCUGCCGAUCUCUGUGCAGAUCUUCCUGAGGGUGGUACUCAUGCUGCUGAAGGGCUUCCUGCCGAGCUCCCUGCAGGUCUUGACGAUGGUGGUCUUCACGGUGCUGGUGGGCUCUCUGCCGUUCUUCCUGCUGUUGCCGAUCCUCCAGAUAGUCUUCGAGGUGCUGGUGAUCUGGAUGACGACCGCCCGCCCGACACUCGGGCCAUCCAGGCGGAGGCAGAUUCUUUCGUGCCCAACUCGUUGCUGGUGCUGCGCGCCUCGCGCUACACGGGCAAGGCCAAGGAGCUCCCCUCGAUCGACUUCCACAUGGCAGUGGACCAAGCGCCUGCAGUGGGCAAGAAGAAGGGCAAGCGGAGAUGAGGUGUCAGAGUGACCACUUUGAGGUCAGGGUCUUCCUGGUCUGGCCUCUUGGGUACGCUGCUCGAGGCAUGGGUUCAUCUUGGAGUACGAGUACUUCUUGGAUGUGGCCUCCGUGGCGUUCUUCUCUCGGGGAGUAUGUGUACUGCCUGGGGUUCGUGGGUGUGCUCGGCUGGGUGUUCGGGCAUGGACAUCACUGAUGCUAACCAUUUCGGCGUCGUCAUACCAUGUUCCUCCUGCGCGUCUAUUUCCACCUGUACUGCUGCUGGGUUAAUGGCAUCUUCCUCACGGUGGGCCUGACCCUCCCUAAAGGGGUGUCUCGUCGCCGAUUGAUCGUUGGUCUCCUCCCCCCUGGG